GUGUUUUCCUGAUGCUGAUGCUGUCAAUCACACAUACCCAGAGCCUCUCCUCAUGUCCAGCCUCCUGUGUGGUGUGUUCUGAAGAUGCUGUCAUCUGUUACAAGCUCUCCAACAUCCUAGGUAAGAAUGAUCAUUGACUGCCGAGUUGAGAUUAAGAAAUAUCGCCCUCUACUAAUGAUCUAAGAUGGCAUUCAUUUGAGCAAGAUUUGUUGGAAUGUCUUGCUCCACACUAGCCUAUGGCUAUCAUCACACCCGUCGCUAUGGGCGGGCCAUAGGGGGCCGGGCCCGCACCCCAAAAUGCUUGUGCCCCCCCCCCCCCCCACUUGAGGGAAUUUAUUAUUAAAUAUACGUACUGUAGGCUAAUAAUAAUUGUGCCCUGCCCUCCCAUGCAUUUCAUAUGCCCCCCUUAAGACUGAGGUCUGGCGACGGGUCUGGCUAUCAUAAAGAUCCUGACUCUUUGUGUCAAAAGCUAUCUGUGUAGCCAGCCCUAUUAAAGCAGUAAUGAUUGACAACCAGGUCUGUGUUUUCUUCCACCUCUAGAGGCCCCUGAGACCACCAAGGCCCUGAUGCUGACCGACGGCUCCAUCGUGUCCGUGGACCGCCACUUCCUGUCUGACAUGUCCAGCAUGACCGUGCUGUCCCUCAGCCACAACGCUAUCGCCACCAUCACCCACGACGCCUUCCAGAACCUCACUGUCCUCCACACCCUCCUCCUGGACCACAACCGCCUCUCCAGCCAAACCCUGGGGAGGGACACUUUCUCCUGGCUGCCCAGGUUGGAGAUCCUCCAGCUGGGGAACAACGCCCUGGGGGAGGUCAACGGCUCCUGGUUCCACGCCGCUGGGGCCCUGCGGACGCUGCAGCUGGAGGGGAACCACCUCUCCAGGCUGGAUGCCACCACCUUUGCCUCGGCUGACCUCCAGGGGCUGGAGAUCCUGGAUCUGUCCGAUAAUCUGAUCACAUAUCUGGGGAGGGAUAGCUUCCGGGGCCUGCUGGGGCUCCGGAGUCUGGAUCUGUCCAGGAAUCAGCUCCGGAGUGCCCCGACAGAGGCGUUUUCGUACCUGUCGUGGAUGUCUAGUCUGAACCUGGAACUAAACCGGUGGGACUGUACGUGUGAGCUGAGGGAGCUGGCGUCUUUCCUCACCAGCUAUAUGGAGGCUCCGGAUAAGGUUGUUAUCUUCAGUUUUCUUUUUAUACUUUGAUUUAUUGUAUUCCUUUUUUUACCAAUGUGUUUUAUUAUUUUGAAUUAGGGGUUACACAUACUUUGGCUGCCUGCAAGUAUUAUAAGAAAGGUGCUUUAUGAAUCUAUGGUGUAUAAACUAUAUUGUAUGAAAGGUGCUAUGUAGAUGUGUGUUGUUAUCAUUGUUGUAACAGGAUGAUUACUAAAAUAACAUUCUUGUUCAGGUACUGUUCAAUGGGCGUAGGAUGGUGUGUGUGAGUUCUGACAACCCGGCAGUGAAGACUGUGCUGGAGCUGACAGAGGCCAACUGUGUUCCGCCCAAUCAGAACAUCACAGUGCAGGUUGAGGCUAAGAACUCCAUCUCCUCUCAGCGCUAUACCAGAGACCUGGCUCUGGCUGCAGCCUUCUGCUUCGCUGGUCAGUACCUCAGAAACUACAUCCUCCAUGGCCACUUUCUAGCCACACGUAACUUUUCUCUACUCAAAUAGUGGUAAAUAUAUGAAAUUGUAUAGGACAAUGUGACUUCUGUAUCAUGCAACUCUGUAAAGUGUAUCAACACUGUAAAGUAAAGUGUGUUUUUUAUUUUAUCCCACUACAUAAAGCUUAGGUCAGUCAGCUGUAACUCAUAACUAUGCUAAUAACGUAUAGGUGGCGUUGGACUCACCCUAGCUGUGGUGUAUAUCGUUUACCGUAAACUGGGGAUGAACAAGAGCCUCAAGGUCUGGAGAGACAGGACUGGAGCUAAGGAGGAGGAGAGUGGGAGGACAGCUCCCACCCAAACAGUCACCCAGUGGGAUCUGAGCAGGGAGAAUGAGGCCCUACGUAUGGCUCAAAUGGGACUGGAAACCAAGCUGAUGAUUCCCAAUAGCCACCUUCAGCCCUGGGACAGGGAGAGAGCCAUGUUUGACCUGAGAAUAGGCAAAGAUGGCAGCCAUUUUACAUGCCCCCAUUGUGGCCCUACAGUCAGUGGGUCUGCAAUUGAACAGGGGGUAGGAGAUGGACACUUAGGGGCAGCCCUGCACAUGCUCAGACAAGGAGGAGGCCAGCCCAACAAGAUGGAGAGUCUGGCCAUGACAGAGGAGAGCGAUGAGAGGAAGAGACAUGUGCCCCAGCAAACACUCAUGUCAAAGACAGAAGGUGAGCAUGUUUUGAUUCAUAUUUCACUGCAUAGACUGAUUAGGAUUAUAUCAGUGAUGAGACUAUAGGCAGACACACGCACACAAACUGCAGAUGCUUUGUCUAACUCUCUUUCCCUGUUGUCAUUCACAGAUCUAAGGGGUCAAAGGUUAUUGGUCGGGCCACCAGAGGGUCAGAGCAACCAUAUUCUUAGUCAGGAGGAGUUACUCUAUCACCAGCAGGGUUUUAAUAUAAAAAGCCAUGAUGGUCCUAAUGGCAACAAUAAGCUAUUGGGUGGCAGCAGUUACUAUUCACCUCCACAUAGAAACAUGCCCACACAUAAAAGUCUAAAAGAUGAGAUGGUAAGGCCUGGAAAUCACGUAGGCCUUGACUACAGACCGUCAAAAAUGGACUUCCAAUCAGAGCAUGGUAGACCUGUACCUGACUACCAACCCCAAACCGUCAGCUGUGUGAACUGUUACAGAACCUAUGAGUACGGACAGCCAGGGGAGAAAGUCAGAGAUGUAUUGUAUGAAGUCAAUUCAAGAGAAUCUGCUGGGUAUGAUGGUUCUCCCAACCACAACCCACUGACAAGACUAAACAUCCGAAGGAACAUGAACUACAACCAGUCUAAUAUGGAUAUCUAUGCAAAGCAUGCAAUCAAGCAGAGGAGUGUGACUUUUGACUUGGAAAGAUCUGGAGUGCAUGUCGUUGAUGUACAAAGGAUGAACCAUGAUAGGAAAGGUAAACAUGACAGGAUUAAAAGUUAUAGGAAAGCGGAAUAUGGUGAUAAACAGAUCCUGAGCUAUGAAAGCAUUGGACGAUCUGUGAGGAGUAAUGGUCUUGAAAGAGAGGACCACUCCAAAAGGGAUAAACAUAAAGCCCAGUCAGAUGGUUUACUAAAAGUGAAGCUCAACCUUAACCCUCUUAAGAAAAGCAAGGUCCAUCCAGGGAAAAACAGCCACGAGAAACUAGAACAGGGUGAUAGAGAACGAACUGACUCCAAGAACCGAAAACAACUGAAAAUGAGGGGUAAAUAUGCCAAAGGCAAAAGGCACAACCAGGAAGAGUCUAUAGAAAAAACAGACAAAUCCAAUAAAGGAAACUCGUCUCACAAAAACAAAGCCAAUCAGUCAUCCAAAAAGAUAUCUACCACCACUAAGUCUAAAGAAACUGAUGACAAUGAAGAUGAUGAUGAUCAAGAGAAGGAAGAUCCAGUGCCACAGGAAAACAAUGCAUCCUCCAAGCAAAAAAAGACAACCUCAAAAUCAAAAUAUCAGGAGGGCUCGAAUGGUGACCAUUCCAAGGAGAGUAGAGCUGCUCAAGAUCAGAAGACCGAAGUCUCACAAGAUAAAACUGGAGGAGAAACAGAGGAAUCUGGUGGAGCACCUAUACCAAGUAAUGUGAGUCCUUACCAGUCAUACCUCAACAGAGCUGGUGAGAGUUCAACCCAUGGGCAACAGGUGGAACAAUACAGAAAUGGACAAGGCCAAGCACUGAUCACUGAGGUGCCCCAACACCCCGGUUACCUAAGCGAUGGAGUGACUCUUCAGAGGGCAUUGAGUAGCCCACAACUGUCAGCAGCAAAGUCCCUCAAAGGAAUGGAAAGGACUUCCAGUUACAGUAACCUUGCUGUCCAGGGAGGAAACUCUAUACUAUUACAAAACACUGUUGCACCAAACACCAUUUACGGUGGCAACUCACAGGCUCAAAGUCUGAGUAGACAAGGCAGUUUAGGUCCGCCAUCUUUACUGACUAACAUCCCACACACAUCCCCACUAUAUACAGGCAAUGCAGGGAGCUCACCUGUAAAUCCACUGAUUCAGCUGUUGUCACAGUCAGUUCCAGGCAACUUUAACCAGGGGGCCAUGAUCGGCUCUCAGCCAGCCCAGUUUCCAGUACUCCAAAGAGUGGUAGAUCUCACUCUGCUUGCCCAGGGUCCAGGCUCACUAAAUGGGCAGAAUAUAUUGCCGCUUGCACAGGGUCCUGGUUCACUAAAUGGGCAGAAUAUCUCUCCACUUGCCCAGGGUCCUGGAUCACUAAAUGGGCAGAAUAUGUCUCAGGUUGCCCAGGGUCCUGGAUCACUAAAUGGGCAGAAUAUGUCUCAGGUUGCCCAGGGUCCUGGAUCACUAAAUGGGCAGAAUAUCUCUCCACUUGCCCAGGGUCCUGGAUCACUAAAUGAGCAGAAUAUAUCUCAGCUUGCUCAGGGUCCUGGAUCACUAAAUGGGCAGAAUAUAUCUCAGCUUGCCCAGGGUCCUGGAUUACUAAAUGAGCAGAAUAUCUCUCAGUUUGCUCAGGGUCCUGGAUCACUAAAUGAGCAGAAUAUCUCUCAGCUUGCUCAGGGUCCUGGAUCACUAAAUGAGCAGAAUAUCUCUCAGCUUGCUCAGGGUCCUGGAUCACUAAAUGGGCAGAAUAUCUCUCAGCUUGCUCAGGGUCCUGGAUCACUAAAUGAGCAGAAUAUAUCUCAGCUUGCCCAGGGUCCUGGAUCACUAAAUGGGCAGAAUAUCUCUCAGCUUGCUCAGGGUCCUGGAUCACUAAAUGAGCAGAAUAUCUCUCAGCUUGCUCAGGGUCCUGGAUCACUAAAUGAGCAGAAUAUAUCUCAGUUUGCCCAGGGUCCUGGAUCACUAAAUGAGCAGAAUAUAUCUCAGUUUGCUCAGGGUCCUGGAUCACUAAAUGGGCAGAAUAUAUCUCAGCUUGCCCAGGGUCCUGGAUCACUAAAUGAGCAGAAUAUCUCUCAGUUUGCUCAGGGUCCUGGAUCACUAAAUGAGCAGAAUAUCUCUCAGCUUGCUCAGGGUCCUGGAUCACUAAAUGAGCAGAAUAUCUCUCAGCUUGCUCAGGGUCCUGGAUCACUAAAUGGGCAGAAUAUCUCUCAGCUUGCUCAGGGUCCUGGAUCACUAAAUGAGCAGAAUAUAUCUCAGCUUGCCCAGGGUCCUGGAUCACUAAAUGGGCAGAAUAUCUCUCAGCUUGCUCAGGGUCCUGGAUCACUAAAUGAGCAGAAUAUCUCUCAGCUUGCUCAGGGUCCUGGAUCACUAAAUGAGCAGAAUAUAUCUCAGUUUGCCCAGGGUCCUGGAUCACUAAAUGAGCAGAAUAUCUCUCAGCUUGCCCAGGGUCCUGGAUCACUAAAUGAGCAGAAUAUCUCUCAGCUUGCUCAGGGUCCUGGAUCACUAAAUGGGCAGGUAAUCUCUCAGCUUGCUCAGGGUCCUGGAUCACUAAAUGAGCAGAAUAUCUCUCAGCUUGCUCAGGGUUCUAGUUCAGGUCCAGGCUCACUAAAUGUAGAGAGUCUCUCUAACAACAACAGUAUGAACCCCGUGGCCGCCCCUGUUCUACAGGAGUACCUGUCCUCAGCAGAAGGCUCACCCAGAAGGAUUAGACUGGUGCUGCCUGAGAAAACCACUAACAGACCGCCAACUGCUCUGGAGAGGAAAAUCCGA